UGGGUUUGUUUUCUACACAGCUUUAUCUCACUUGACACAGAUAAGUGGAGAAUUGGUGUCUGUCAUUGUGAUGUGAACCCGAGGCUGAAGUCCAGCUGUGGCCGGGCAGGAGGAGGCUGUGUGUGAAGAGACCUGCCAUUCACUGAACUCUGAAUCUGAACUCAGCGGUCGCCAGCCUUGUUUGCAUUCUGGUGCUUUGUCAUUCCGUCAGAGGAGGCUAAUACUGUGUGUGAAGAUUCAGUGACAACAUAUUUCUGUCACCUCACACAAGGCGCUUUACUGAAGGUAAGCAUAUAGACUUUAAACUGUCAGAGGCCGUAAAUGUAUAUUUUCUUGAGCACAGUUUUGUUGUGUUUUCACUGAAUUCAAUUAGAAGCCCUCUAUCAAUAACUAACAUCUCCUGGUUUGAUGGAGGAAAGUGCAGGAUGAGGUGUUGGAGAUAUUGGGUGCCAGCUGCUGUGGCCCUGAUGUUUCUGCUUUGUGUCGCUGGAACUGACACGGAGCAUCUCAAAGCUGAGAACCUGCAUCUGCUUCCCCCGGAGGAGCAGAACAUGGUGCGGAACCGUGAAAUGAGAGCGCUGCCCAGAGACUGUCAUGAAAUGCUGAUGAUCUCUUCAGGCCAGGCCACAGAUGGUGUUUACCUGAUCCAACCAGGCGACUCCCCCAUUGUGGCCUACUGUGCCAUGCAGGAGGGAGGGUGGACUGUCGUGCAGCACAUCACCGUCAACAGCAGCGUGAAUUUUGACCGUACCUGGGCCGAGUACAAGCACGGCUUCGGGGGGCUGUCUGGGGAUCACUGGCUUGGGAAUGAACACCUUCAUCAGCUCACGCGCGGCCCUGGACGUUAUAAACUAGGAGUAAAACUAGUAGGCCCGGACGCCGUCACCAAGCUGGGGGAGUACGACCCCUUACUAGUUGAGGACGAAGCGUCGGCGUACAGGUUGAGGCUGGGGUUGUUCCAGGGGACGUCUGUAGACGCUUUGACCCUGGACACAGAGAACUACCUGCACGACAACCAGAAAUUCACCACGAAAGACAGAGACAAUGACAACUACUUUCAAAACUGUGCCAAGCUGGAGUUUCAGGGGGUCCCUGGAGGAGGCUGGUGGUACGAUGCCUGCGCCGGAGCCAAUCUAAACCGCAGGAAUGUUAUCUACUGGCAAAAGGACUGCAACAAGGAGCGAUUGUGCAAAUAUGCAUGGAUGAUGGUGAGACCCUCAGACACGGUAAAAGUGAUUCACAGCAAAGAAUGCAUCAGGGACGAGCUAUAAGCUGUCUGAUACUAAGAGCUAAGUGAUAAAUAUUAAGGACUAAGUGUUCAGCUUUAUGUUUUUUCAAGGUUUUCUUUCUGCGAUGGGUAACAUCAAUAAUUUUCUCUCAUGCUGGACGUUGAAUUCACCACAUUUUAUUCAGAAAUCCAUGGACAUAAUCACAAAAUACUGAAAAAAACAAAAAGAAUCACAAGCUUGGAACACAGUAUAAAAAUGCAUCACUGUUUCAACUCUAGCUAUGUUUCCAGCAAGUCAGUACAUGAAGCAAAGCAUGUCUUUCAUUCCCCAAAUUGCAAGUGCAGAUUUCUGUUUCAUCACAGUAACGAAAAAAGGGUUUCAUGACAUUUAGCUUAUCAAACAUCUUUUGCAUCGUCUUCCUCUCACUGUCUACAGAAAGGAACAUUUCACAAACAAAGAGCAUUUUUUGCCACAGUACAUUACAAGUUUGCCAGAAAUACAAUAAAGAUAUGAAGACAACUUGAUUUAGUUACAGUAAUUCAGAAAAAAACAAAUACUGUAUUUCAAUACUCAAAGGAAAAUACAAAAACAAAUCCUGAGGAUGAAGAGUAAUAAACAGAUUAUAUUUAACUAUGUGUGCUCUCAAACCCUCCAGACCGUUCUCUAUGUAAACAUGUGAUAUUGUUUAGCAUGUUUGUCAUGUUGUUUGAGUAAAAAUGGUCUUUUAUUUUGAA